CGGGAAGGACGUUGAGUUUGUCGAAAUCCCUGAUCGAUCGAAGUAGCGUGUGGACUGAGAUUUUUCUUCCUACGUUUGAAAAAUGGGCAAGAAGAAAAUGACAAGAGGCCUUCUGGAUGGAAUCAUAGCAGAGAAACGUCCUCCAACAGCAGAUGAUGAAAAUGGAACCACCGAAGAAGAAGAGUAUGAGGUUGAAAAAGUCGUUGACAAGCGUAUACACAAAGGUAAGGUCGAAUACCUUCUAAAAUGGAAGGGAUAUUCCUCAGAUGAUAACACUUGGGAACCGGAGGACAGUCUUGAAUGCCCGGAAUUACUUGAAGAAUACGAGAGGAAUAAGGCGCUUGGAAAACAACCGGCUGAAGUGAAGAAAGAAAAGAAGGAGAAGAGAAAAGAGCACAGUGAAAAGACUGAAAGCAAAACCAAGAAAAGAAAGGUCACAGAAGCAAGUGUUACUAACAAGGCACCAUUUGAUGUAAAUGUAAAUGAUGCUAGUGAAGGUAAAGACGAGGAUAAUCUUAGUAAGGAAGAUGACGUUGAUCCUUUGGCUGAAGGUUGGGAAGCUUCUUCUAUUCUUGGAGCUACAGAUGUCGAAGGGCAGGUUCAUUUCCUUAUACAGUGGAAAGGCACAGACAGAGCCGACUUGAUACCAUCAACCAUCGCUAAUGUUAAAUGGCCACAGAUAGUUAUUAAGUUUUAUGAAGACAGGGUAACAUGGACCCAAAACAAUGAAAAUGGAGAGAGCUGAAGAAUUUUUCUGCUAACUUUUUACCUAGUAUCUUAAAAAGUAGAAAACCUCCUGGACUACUCCGAUCUUGUAAAAAAGGGUUAACAACAACAGACUGUCUCACAUCUGUUUUUUUAUUACUUUUAACAAAAAGAAGGCAAUGUUCAGUUUCCUUUAUAUUUUGAAAGUCUAUAGAAGGUCAUUUUAUCUUAACUUCUUUAAGAUUGAUCAGACUGGACUGAUAUCUACACUCAUAGUCCUGUUCACUCAUGUUAAGUUCACAUUAAUUUUAAAAGAUCUACGAGUGUUUCUACUUACUUGCAUGUAUGUAAGAGAGUGCAAGUACAUGUACACGUAUGUAACCACAUAUUCCAUGGUAAUAAGCUUGUUUACAAUUCUUGUAAGUAAACAGAAAAAUGUCGCAACAAAUUUAGUGACAUACGCAAAUGUCAUAAGAGGUACAUCGCACAUGAACUUCAGAAAUAGCUACACUGUAUAGUAAUUAACCCAUUUUAACACCAGAGAAGUGGAUCAUGGCCUUUUUCUUUUUGAUGUCCUUUUGAGCACAGAGAUUAAAAGAAAAAAAGAGUGGAACCAUCUCAAGAGAAUGGUCUUGAAUAAAAAUCAUGCUCUCCCAAGAGAAUUUAAAUAUGGAACAUUUUGAAGCUGGUAUCAUCUUGAUAAUUAAGACAGUGUCAUGUUAUGUGCAGCGGUCAAAAUUGAGUAAAACUGUCCUUAUGGAUGAUCCAUAGGUAAAACAUUAUCAAGUAUAUAGUCCAUGUUACUGCUGGGAAUAUGUUGUGCUCUCCAUAGCUGUUGUAGUUUUAAAACAUCUGCGGAUUAUUUUAUUAUUAGAUUGUAGAUGCUAGGCUCGAUUACAAGCUGGAAAUCAAGCCUACCUAGAUGAAUGUAGUUUCUGAUCUUGUUAGAUUCUCUGUACAAUAUUUUACCUUCAGUAAGCAAAGAUACCUAUAGUUAAGUAAUAGAAAACUUUUUCCAUGCUUCUAUGGAGUUAUGUAGAACUUAAACACUAUUAGAAGUUCCAGUGCCAGCUUUUCCGAGUUGUCCCAAACUUCUGCAAGUGUUUCAAUCUAUAGCUUGGUAGAAACAUUGAGAAAAUGUCUUCUAUUUCUUUUAGAAAACACUUUAGUCUAUUAUCAAAAUGUAAACUCUCUUUGCUUGCUCCAUCAUUAUGUCAACAGCUCAUAGAUGACUCUCCCAAUGUGCUUCCCCUGAUCCCACUAAUUUUUUAGUCAACACCAAGAACACAGGCCCUUGCCAGUUCCAAUUUAAAUGUCCCAGAUUAACAGACUUUUACUCGGAUCUGAUUGGCAGACA